AUGUCAGUGGUAUGUUUCAUAUUCGUGCCGAGUAUCAUCAACACCUUUCUAGCGACACUCUCCAUACUCUCCAUUUCAUGCAGUCUGCUGGGAAUGUUAAGCUGGUGGAAUCUUGAUAUGGAUCCGAUCACAAUGGUCAACGUGCUAAUGGGCAUUGGCUUCAGUGUGGAUUUCUCAGCGCAUAUUUGUUAUCAUUUCCACAAAUCACAACUAAUGACCACAACAAGCAAAACUGAAUACUCAUCCAGUCAGCAACACGAAAACGCCAAAGUACUUCGACUCGCGAAUGUUUUCAAUGCAGUCGCAAGUCCCGUUAUUGAGGUCGUAUUUAAGUGA